UCUGUCAUGGCGGAGUAAUCAGCUGUUAAUUGCAAUGCCGACGAGUAGAAAUAAAUUUGUUUCGUUUUGAUCACUAAUGCACGGUUUUCUUCUUGCUUUUAAUUUUAGUUAUUACAACAGAAAGUGAUUUAUCAUCAACAGGUUAUUUUCAAACAAUAAAAGAAUGGCGCGAUCUCCCAUGUCAUCUGUCAUAUUCAUUCAUCCAUUAUAGUUCAGAAAAAAAUGUGACUUGUUUGUUAAAUUCUGAUUUAUCCACUAUUUGCUAGAUGAAGAUUCAGUGCAACCGAUUUAUGUUUACUUGUAGUUUUACGGACUCGCCGGUGCCAGUUCUGUACAGUGUAAUCUUAUGUAUACGUACAUAGCGCAGUCUUUUUUAUGGCCUAACAAAUUCCUUCUACAAAGGACCCGUGCGGCGUCGGCGGUUUAUGUUAUUUUAUUGGACAUCGCGGGUUAGCUUAUGUGUUAUAGUUGGUGCAAGGGUUGUUUUUUUUUAAGUGAUAGUAACGUGUGGGGGUUGAAAAUGUCGGGCCGUGUUCGAAAACAGUCGGAUUGCCCUGUGGGGAAGCAGGGUCCUAUGAGGGCGACCCUGCCGGUGUCGUCAGUCAUGAAAGGCGGCGGAUUAAAGAAGAACGCCGCGAAUAGUCCAACGCUAUCACCCACGAACGUGUGGCGCCGGAUAUCGCCCGAUCACGCGCUCUCUGGACAGAGAAGUCCAGGAGCUGUCAACUACAAAGGGAAAGGGCGCUUCAGCUCCAAUGUUAUCAGACGUACAGCUUCUCUAGACACUCUUUAUCAUAAAGGCCAGUGGCCCAGGGACUACUACCUUCAUGCAGGACAGUUACAAGUUGAUAAGUCCACACAAACUGAUGAUGGAGGUGGAAUUUCUGGCCGGUCAUCCAGGGGUUCAGAAGACGACAAACUAGACCGUUUCCUUAGGAGCCGCCUCCAAAGACCACACAAACCAUCCGCAUCGGGAGAUUACUCGUCACAUUCUAUGAGUCCAGGCUUCUGGUCCCGUUUUGGCACUGGUGGCGUUCCUCUGAGGGCAGCACGCUCAUCAGUUGAAGGUCUCAACCAAGAAAUAGAAAGACUGGUCCUGUACCCAGCCAGUGGCACACAAACUCCACAAGUGGACCGGCUACGUGAUAAGGUGACGCCAGAAGGACACCGCGCGCCGCUCGCCGAGCUUCUAAGGCGUUCAGUCAACACACAAACCCCACACGACCUGUGCCACACGGCUCACUCGUCAGAUCCACCAUCCCGAGGAUCUCUCUCCAGCGCGGGCUCGGCAGAGCUUCUAGCGACAGGCGGCAGCGUAUGCUCGUCACCCGAUCUCGACGGCUCGAAACUCGGCACUUCGCCACAGAUAAAUCGAUUCCUAGCACGCGAACCUCCAGAUGGUUGUGAGAAGGUGAACCUGAAGGCGGGCGAGGGCGCGUACGUGGAGCCGAUGGCGAUGAAGCCCACCGUGCCCGCGUUCACGCUGCGACCGUCGCUCGGCUCCGCCUUCCAGCCGCUGCAGCCCGCGUCGCCCGCGCGCUCGCCGCACGCCGAGCCGCACUGACGCGCCGCGCGUCGGGGGCCCAAUGUCACCCGGCGACGCAAUAGGGUAUUUGACGUUUUCCUACAGUGCUUCAGAUGUUAAAUUCUUUCACCCCGUCCUUCUUAUUUGAAGGGGUGAGUGUAAAAAGGGUUCAACUACACAAAUUAACGAAAUCAAGUUAUUGGUAUCGCUGAAUUCGUCUUUC